UUGAGUUAUCGGUUCUAGUUUGCCUUCUACAUUACAUACGUUGAUUUGGUUCAAAAAAAAAUAUUUAACUUUGGUUUAAAUUGCUAUACGUUCCCUUACAAAUGGAUAGAGUCACAAGGUUGAUUUCGGAGAGACCGGUAGUGAUCUUUAGCAAAAGUACAUGUUGCAUGAGUCACACUGUCAUGAGGUUGUUGAGUGGCUUUGGAGUUAACCCAGCAGUGCAUGAGCUAGAUCAGAUCUCGAGAGGUAGAGAAGUGGAGCAAGCUCUCUCUAGGCUUGGAUUCAAUCCUACUGUUCCAGCUGUCUUCAUUGGCGGUGAAUUAGUUGGUGGUGCUAAUGAAGUCAUGAGUCUUCACCUUAAUCGAUCUCUUAUUCCCAUGCUUAGAAAAGCUGGUGCUCUAUGGGUUUGAACUUCACCCUAGCUAUAUCGAAUAAAUUAACCGUCGUGAUCAUAGUUCAUAUGCUUAGAUAAGAGCUAGUACUGUUUUAUGGGUUCGAGCUUCCUUCUCCAUCAAGUAAAGUGAAUCGCAUUAAACUAUUACACGAAGCAUUAACUUAUAUGUAGUGUAUGUAACUCUGACUAUCCCUUUUUGUAGUACUUGAGUUUUAAUGUCAUGGUAGUCUCUUUGUGGAAUAAACAUUAGGCCUUUUACUUUA